GCUACAGGCGGUCGGCCGAUUAGCCCUAGCUAGUUGAUUAAUUAAGAUGGCUGCUUCUCCUCCUCCUCCUCCUCCUCCUCCGGCCAAGAGUUCCUCAAAAUUGCAUGUCGCCAUGUUCCCCUGGUUCGCCCUCGGCCACAUGACUCCCUUCCUUCACCUCUCCAACCAGCUCGCCGCCAGGGGCCACACCGUCUCCUUCCUACUCCCCAAAGGCGCAGAACCCCAAAUGGAACCCCACAACCUCCACCCUACCCUAGUCCGCUUCUUCCCACUGACCCUUCCCCCCGUCGACGGCCUCCCUCCCGGCGCCGCCACCGCCUCCGACCUCCCCUUCCCCCUUCACACCCACCUCUGCACCGCCCUCGACCGAACCCGACACGAAGUCCAUUCCAUCCUAACUUCCGUCAACCCUCACGUCAUUAUCUUCGACCUCGGAUGCUGGAUCCCUGCACUGGCUCGCUCACACGGCAUCAAGUCCGUCUACUACGCCGUGGUGUGCGCCGCGGGGCACGCCCUCCGCCUCGUCCCCUCGCUCAAGAUCCAAAGCGGGUGGACCGCGGCGGAGCUGAUGUUGGCGCCGCCCGGGUGCCCCUUUCCCGGUCAUCUAAUACGUCCCGAAGAGGCGAAACAAGCGGUAAUGCUCGCUCGAGAGCUAGGGAGCGGGAUGACAAUGUACGACCGCUUGGUCGCCGGCAUGACCGAGUGCGACGCCAUCGCUUUGAGGACUUUCCGGGAGGUGGAGGGACCCUUUUGCGAUUACAUUGCGGAUCAGUACUCAAAGCCCGUGCUUCUCACGGGGCCUAACCUGACGGAGACGCCGGAGGGAGAGCUCGAGGAGAGAUGGAGCGAGUGGCUGAGCAAGUUCGACGAACGCUCUGUGGUGUUUUGCGCGUUGGGGAGCCAGAUCACGCUGGAGAAGGAGCAGUUUGAGGAGCUGCUUCUGGGGUUUGAGCUAUGUGGGAUGCCAUUUCUGGCGGUGCUGAGGCCGCCGGAGGGGAGCGCAACGGUGGAGGAGGCGCUGCCGGAGGGGUUUGCGGAGAGGGUGGAGGGGAGAGGGGUUGUGCACGGCGGGUGGAUUCAGCAGCCGCUGGUUCUGAGGCACCCUGCGGUGGGGUGCUUUGUGAGUCACUGCGGGUUUGGGUCGAUGUGGGAGUCGUUGUUCAGCGAUUGUCGGAUCGUGUUGGUGCCUCGGUUGGGUGAUCAGAUCGUGAAUGCUGUGUUAAUGGCGGAACAGCUGAAAGUUGCGGUGGAGGUUGAGAGGGAUGAAGAUGGGGGGUUUAGGAAGGAGAGCGUGUGCAAGGCGAUUAAGUUGGUAAUGGAUGAAGAGGGCGAGGGGGGGAAGGUGGUGAAGGAGAACCAUGCUAAGUGGAGGGAGAUUGUUUCGAGCCCCGAGUUGCAGAAUGGGUACAUUGAUAGCUUCAUCCAGAGUUUGCUAGAUCUUUUGGACGACUAGAACCUAGAACCUAUUUGUACUUCCGAUACACAGGAUGUACGCACCAAAUCAGGGUUAUACGGUCCGUAGGCGGGACUUAAUCUGGUCAACCCUCCAGACAAGUCAAUAUACUCUACACUACCUCAAUCCGGCCAAACUGCAUAUUCUCCUAAGCGUGGGACUGGCUGUUACCUCGUCAAACCGGCCCCCUCAACCCAGCGAACUGGGGAGCUGCACACUCUCUGAGCACGGUUGACGGUACCCACACACUAUCUAAGAUAUGUGGUUGCACUCUAUCUGUAUUAGCAACGGUACUGUGCUUUAUAAUCUUUAUCUGUAUUUGUUUGUAACCAUUCCUCAAGGAUUUGAUAUUAUAUAUAUACAUAUAUACUCUUUUACUGUUUUCA